GUUAGAUAAAACUUCCGAGUUAAAGGCUAUAUAGGUACUAUAAAAUUAAUUGUACAAGUGAUUAUUUAUUUAAUUUGGAUAAAACUUCCCUGUUUGCAUAUGCAGAAAACUUUUCAAAGUGUUCAGAUUUAGCUACGUUAUUGAUAAACUUCAAAAUGUUUUAGUUCAAAUUCGAUAUACUCAACAUUAGAGAGACAAUGACAAAUAACUUCUUAUUAAUUGUGUGCAUCUAUUUUUAUUUUUGGAUACUUUGCACUCACCAAGUACGCUCCUGUACAGAUGUGAACCAAUGUCUGCAAUGCCAUUGUACGAAUCGUUGUUCUAACGGACUGUGCCUAUAUAAUGGACGAUGCGAAAAGGGAUGGUUUGGUCUCGGAUGUCAAUACAACGAUCUUGCAACUAUUGAAGAGGCUUCAAUAACAGUGGGCCGUAGGAGGUCAUCAAAUUUCCUCAAAGACAAUAACGACAAAACCUGUGAUGAUUACGUAGCAGACGUCACAGUUUCUUGGAACAGAGAAUACAUGUUGACCUGGGUCCGACUGGUCAUGAGAGAAAUUAAGAAUGAUCUCAACAUAAAAAUUCUGUUCAAAGCGAAGGGCUCUCAAGUCUUCAAAGUAUGUAGUCAACGCAGAAUACAUCAUGUGUCUACCAAAAUACUUGAUGUGUGGUGUCUCGAUGUGGCCUUAGUCAGAGAGGUAAAAAUAGAAGGCAAUCUUGGAGGACUGUGUUCACUUCACAUAAGUGGUGGUCACAACUUUGCCUACAAACAGAAUGCAGUGUUAAGCUCUAAUUAUGGUACUGACGACAGGGGAGACAAGGCAGUGGAUGGUAACAGAGAUCCAGACUACAGUAAAAAAAGUUGUGCUCACAGUGGAACACAUGAAAACUAUCCAAAACUCACUCUCACAUUAAGUCAGCCUGUUGUAAUCACAAGAGUUGUUCUUUAUAACAGAAAUAAGCACGAAAUUAGGCUGAUGAAAUUCAUACUACAAUUGUUUAAGAAGAAUGACCAUCUUUGGUAUUCGUAUCAGAAUCGUUCGGACACCCCCUUGCCUACUUACACCAUUAUAAUGUCAUCCAAAGAACAAACGGAGAAAAUGUCUAUCACAGCUACUGAAAUUGAUAGACAAUAUAACGACAAACCGAUUGUCACAUUGUGUGAAGUGGAGGCUUACGGAGAAUGUUCCGAAGGCUAUUGGGGACUACUGUGUACAAACAAAUGCCCUAAAGAAUGUAGCACAAAUUGCCAUAUCGAAAACGGGCAAUGUAAUACAAUUUGCUUAGGCAACAGUGACUUACUUGUAUGUCAGGCAGAAUGCGCUCUUGGUCAGUGGGGCAUCAACUGUAAAGAAAGAUGCUCCGAUGUAUGCCAUAAAUCUUCCUGCAAUCGUAUUUCUGGGAUCUGUGAUCAAGGCUGUCUCGGCUACAGUGACCCUCCUACAUGCAGGUUUAAAUGCUCACGUGGACGAUGGGGAAUCAAUUGUUUACAAACAUGUUCUCAGGGAUGUCUGAAUUCGUCUUGCAAUGCUUCGACUGGACUCUGUGACAAAGGUUGUCUCGGCUACAGUAAUCCCCCUUUGUGCACCUUGACAUGCUCGAGUGGCGACUGGGGUGUUAACUGUAGUCAAACCUGCUCUGAAAGAUGUUAUAACUCUUCCUGCAAUCAAACUAACGGAGUCUGUUACCAAGGCUGUCUCGGUUAUAACGAUCCCCCACAAUGCAAUACGAUUUUCGAGAUCUGAGUGUGACAGACGGACAGACGGACAUUUUGCACAAACCUAAUAGCGGCCGUUAAAAAUACGAAAAUACGUGAUAUAGAAACCAAAGUUUG